AUGGCCUGCCCCCGUGGGCAUUUUGCCAAGCUACGAACUCUGGACCGCGAGCAUGCCCAGAAAGAACUGCGGGACGUCCAGAGCCAGAGGAGCAAGGUGGUCAACCAGAAGCAGUUGGAGAUCGAGCAGCUCAUGGAGGACAAUCGCCUCCUUCGCGUUGCUCUUGAGGACUUGGAGGAGGAAAGGAGUCGAUUCCUGGCCCUGGAACGAAGCCUUCAGCUCUCCCAGGAGGAUUGCCUCUCAUUGCGACGCUCUGUGGAAGAGCUUGAGGCCCAGAACACCGCGCACGUGGAGGCCCAACGUCGGCUUGCUAGCGACUGCAAGCACCUCCGAAGUGCUCUGAAACAGCGCGAGCAAGCUGAGAAGAACUUGCAAGCGGCCCUGAGCGAGCAGAAGCGAUUGCGAGCAGUCGAUGAGGAAGAUGCCGAGCGACGGCGAGCCAGCAUAUCGGACCUUGGCUCGCUUUCGAAUCUUCGGCUCCCCGAGAUGCCAAUCCAGGAGCCUUUAUCGCGCCUCUCGCUGGGAGGGCCGCGGUCCAACGGCCUUGUGGAAGUUGACAUGACAAGCCGCCGCACCAGCAAAGCAUCCUCCGUGAUGGAGGUGGACAUGACGGGCGACACCUGA